CGUAAGUCAGAAUUCCCAGUCCCAUCUCCUCCUAAACCAAACAUCUUCCCCUCGGCAGCUUUUCUGUCUCUUCUUAUUCGAAAAACAAGAACAAAAAAAAUAAAAAUAAAAAUGCAGCAAUCCAGGAAAAGAUGCGUGAUGAUAUUGUUCUGGGCGAUCAUAUGGGUGUUGUUGUUGAUGGAAGAGGGAGCUAAUUCAGAUCCGCAGCUAAAUCUGCUCAUCCCAGCCUGCAGUCCAUACAAAGUCACCAACUUUAAGGUCUUCGGAACAAACCUCAACGCCACGUUUCUAAAACUUAGGGAAAAGCUCGUCAGUAAUAACAACUACUUCGCCACGGCUGAGCAGGGGGCCACGUACGCCAUGGUGCAGUGCAGGAACUACCUCUCCCCUUCUGACUGCUUGGCUUGCUUUGAAGUUGCUUCGAUUAGAAUCCGGAACUGCUCUGCCGCCAACGGGGCACGCGUCAUCUACGACGGAUGCUCCCUCAGGUAUGAAAGCAGUAGUUUCUACACACAGAGCACAGGGGAAGGGCAUACUAUGGUUUGUGGGAACCAGACUGCAUCGAAGCGCACCUCCUUUAACGCAUCGGUAGUAGGGCUUUUAAAUGACCUUCAGGUGGCAACCCCGCGGAUCGAUGGAUACUUCGCCGCCAGUAAGAAGGAAGUGAGCGGGAACAUAAAGGUGUACGGUGUGGCACAGUGCAUAGAAACCAUCAGCAAAAGCGACUGCCGGAAUUGCAUGGCUGUGGUGUAUAGCGAUAUUCAGCGAUGCCCUCCUAAGUCGGACGGGCGAGCUAUGGAUGCGGGAUGUUUCCUUAGGUACUCAGAAUCUCCCUUCUUUGCUGAUAAUCAAACUACUGACAUUGGCCACUUCCUCAAGAACGAGAAUUUCAGCAAGCAAGAUGUUCUGAUCGGAGGACUGGUCGGGGGUAUUGGGUUCCUACUACUUGUUCUAGCAGUAUUUUUCUGGUUUAGAUCAUCAAGAAGGAAGAAAAUGGCACCAAGAGGUGACAUAUUAGAGGCAACAGAGCUGCAGGGUCCCGUUAAUUACAGCUACAGAGAUCUGAAUACAGCAACCCAAAAAUUUAGUCUGGAAAAUAAAUUGGGAGGAGGAGGAUUCGGUGAUGUAUACAAGAACGGAAAAGUGGUGGCAGUGAAAAAGCUAGCAAUCGUCCAAUCUCUCAGAGCAAAAGCAGAUUUCGAAAGCGAAGUGAGGAUCAUUAGCAAUGUUCGUCACCGGAAUCUCCUCCGCCUUCUCGGCUGUUGCGGCAAAGGUGCCGAAUUUCUUCUCGUCUACGAAUUCAUGCCCAAUAGCAGCCUUGACAAAUUUUUGUUCGGUGAAAAGAAAGGAUCACUCAACUGGAAGCAACGAUGUGAUAUAAUCCUCGGUGUAGCGAAGGGCCUCGCCUAUCUUCACGAAGAAUUCUACCUCCGCAUUAUUCAUCGCGACAUAAAGCCUAGCAAUAUUCUUCUGGAUCAUGAUUUCCAGCCUAAAAUUGCAGACUUUGGUUUGGCAAGGCUUCUUCCUCAAGAUCGGACUCAUCUCAGUUCCAAAUUUGCAGGAACAAUGGGAUAUACAGCUCCGGAAUAUGCAAUUCACGGACAAUUAUCUGAGAAGGUGGAUGCUUACAGCUAUGGCGUCCUUGUUCUUGAAAUCAUUAGUAGCCAGAAGAGCAGCGACACCAAAUCUAACUCUGAUGAUAAAUUCCUCCUUCAACGGGCCUGGAGUUUGUACGAGAAUAACAGACAUGAAGAACUGGUUGAUGAGACAUUAGACAGGAGUGAAUACGAUGCAGAAGAUGUCAGGAAAGUGAUUGAAGUUGCUUUGUUGUGUACUCAGGCAUCUGCUCCCUCCAGACCAACCAUGUCUGAGGUAGUCAUUUUGCUGAGAAGCGAAGGAACCCUUAAUCGCCGGCCAACCUCCAAGCCCAUCUUGUUCGAAUCAGAUAUAAAGGUGCAAGAGGCCACAUCCACCUCCACCGGCUCCUCUGCAUCCACCUUGGGCUCCGUCACUCAGGUCUCUGGUCUCUAGCGGACUAGCAGUAUGCUGCAAAAUCAGUACUAGGCUACUAGAGGACUUGAGUGAUGAUAUAAUGCUAGACGAAAGUCACUUGAGGCAUGUCUCUGUUAAGAUGUGAACACAAUUAUGUUUAGAAUUAUUGUAACUAUUUUAUACUUUAAAAUAUUCGCUUUUUAUACUUUAGAAUAUUCUCUUUGUAUAUUUUAUACCUUAGAAUCUUCUCUUUCUAAACACCUAUAUAUAGGUCAUUGUACAUAUAGUAUGAUUCAAAAAAGUAAUAAACCUUUCUUCAAAUU